CUAAUCCCUCAGCCUUGGCUGUAGCUCGGCCUUAGGAUAAACCGACAUGUAGGCUUUGGACAUUUGUAAAAUGCUACUUGGACGUUUGCACAUUUGUAUUAAUGUUUGUUUUGUUGGAAAGUCAUUUUUACAUUACGGAAAUAACCAACUCUGGUUCAGCAUGCAGCGCUGCGCACGUCAAGGAAGGUAAAAGACAAGCCAGCCAUUUAGGCCUUGAGAAGGAAACGCGCACAGAACUCCUGCGCUAACACCGAGAGCAACUCACAGCUCCUGAGGAGGAUUAUGCCAUUAUAGCUGACAACUUGAGCCUCCUCAGAGUACGACGGCGACAAGGCAAAGUCUCUCCUGCUCCGCUCGCACCCGGCAGGAACCAUGGACGACCCCUAUCACAACAACGUGAGCCAGCAGGUGACAGAAGGCGGGGAAUACACCUACACCCAGGAUGGCGGAGGUCAGGACGGCUACCCCUACCAGGCCGACUACCCUGCGCAGGACGAGGACGCUCGCAGCGACGCCACCGAGGGCGCGGACGAAGACGAGCAGAUGUACGAGGGGGAGUACCAGGGCGUCCCCCACCCCGACGAGAUCAAGGAGGCGCGGCGGGCGGCUCGGAUGGAGGCCAGGAGGAAAGCUCGUCAGGCGGCCCAGCAGGAGGACGAGGAGGAAAACCUGCCAGAGCAGUACGAGACCAUCAUGGAGGACUGCGGCCACGGGCGCUUCCAGUGGAUGCUGUUCUUCGUGCUGGGCCUGGCGCUGAUGGCCGACGGAGUGGACGGCUUCGUGGUGGGCUUCGUCCUGCCCAGUGCUGAGAAGGACAUGUGCAUAUCCAACUCCGACAAAGGGUUGCUGGGUCUGCUGGUGUACGUGGCCAUGAUGGUGGGGGCACUGGUGUGGGGGGGUCUCUCUGACAAGAUGGGGAGGAGGAAGUGUCUGAUCUACGUCCUGACCAUCGACCUGAUCUUCUCCUUCCUGUCCUGCUUUGCUCAGAGCUACGGCUUCUUCCUCUUCUUCCGGUUCUGCUCCGGCUUUGGAAUCGGCGGCUCCAUCCCGAUUGUGUACACCUACUACACCGAGUUCCUGCAGAUGGAUAAACGCGGGGAGCAUCUGAGCUGGCUCUGCAUGUUCUGGAUGCUGGGAGGCCUGUACGCCUCCUUCACUGCCUGGGGAAUCAUCCCCCACUACGGCUGGGGCUUCGCCAUUGGCUCUGAGUUACAGAUCCACAGUUGGAGGUUGUUCAUCCUGGUGUGCCUCUUCCCCGCGCUGGCUGCACUUGUCGGAGUCGUCUUCAUGCCCGAGAGCCCCCGUUUCCUCCUGGAGAGUGCCCGACACGAUGAGGCGUGGAUGAUUCUUCGACGAGUUCACGACACUAACUGGAAGGCCAAGGGGGAGCCGGAGAGAGUGUUCACUGCAACCAACAUCAAGACACCGCAAACCGAAGAGGACGAGUUCAUAGAGAUCCAGAGCGACACGGGCACGGCCUUCCAGCGCUGGACCGUCAGACAUGUGACCAUGCUGCAACAGGUGAUGGCGAACAUCAUGUCGCUAUCAGCCCCUGAGUUCAGACUGCAAGGCCUCUUCCUGGUUAUUGUCUGGUUCUGCUUGGCCUUCAGCUACCAUGGGCUGGGAGUGUGGUUUCCGGACAUGAUCAAAUACAUGCAGUAUGAGGAGUACGAGUCCAAGGUCAAAGUGUUCCACCGAGAACGGGUCGAGCGCUUCCACUUCAACUUCUCCCUGGUCAACCAGAUCCACCGCGAGGGAGAGUACAUCCAUGACAAGUUUGCAGAGAUUGAAAUAAAGUCUGUCAAGUUCGAGGAUUCUCUGUUUGAAAACUGCUACUUUGAGGACGUCAGGUCAACAAACACCUUCUUUGAGAAUUGCACCAUCAAAAACACUGUCUUCUACAACACAGACCUCUGGCAGGAAAAGUUCAAAGACUGUCGAAUGGAAAACACCACCUUCCUCCACCCGAAAAAGGGCUGCCAUCUGAACUUCCAGGAGGAGAACGACAUCGUGAUCUACAUGGUCAGCUUCCUGGGCAGUUUGGCUGUGUUGCCUGGCAACAUCAUCUCGGCCCUGUUCAUGGACAAGAUAGGAAGAAUCCGAAUUAUAGGUGGUUCUAUGUUGGCUUCGUCGGCCUGCACCUUCCUGUUGCUGCUGAGUUUUAGUCAAGGAGCAGUAAUAUGCUGGCAGUGUCUCUUCUAUGGCACCAGCGUCGCGGCCUGGAAUGGAUUAGAGGUCAUUUCUGUGGAACUCUACCCAUCCUCUAAAAGAGGGACAGCGUUUGGCAUCCUGAAUGGGAUCUGCAAGCUUGCUGCCAUACUCGCCAGCUCCAUUUUUGCAGCAUUCAUCGGCAUCACUAAGAUUGUCCCCAUCUUCCUGGCCUUCAUCGCCCUCGUCUGCGGAGGUCUGGUAGCUCUCAAGCUGCCCGAAACCCGGGAGAAAAUCCUCUCCUGAACAGCCAAACUCCUGCAGAUCACUGUGUAGCUGUGUUGGGAGCUGA